AUUCACUCCACCAACGCCAAUCAAUGCCCAGCACCCGCUCAUCCUCAAUCAUCAACGUCAACCUCGCAUUGCACCUCUCAACGGCACUACAUGAUCUGACAUAGACUGCGACACCUGCUACUGGCUCUUUGGAGCCUUUCGCCCCAGAAAUCACCCUCGAAAUGUUCUCUCGACGAGCCCUGACCCUGGCUACCAGGUCGACCCGGGCCUUUGCCAGACCUCAACCACGCAUUCCUAGAGCUCCGUUCUCAGUCGCAGCGAGUCAAAGAGCAGAUAUUCCGCGCAAUGUCAUAGGGGACUUCCCUUCCGACAAGGCCGUUGGGGAAAUUGAUGAUCCAGAGAUGAACGGUGGUUAUAUAAAUCCUCCUCGGAUCAAGAGACAACAUCGAGAUCCUUACGCCGACUGGGACGACAAGCAAGAACGACGAAAUUUUGGCGAGCCCGUGCAUGAAGACAACGAAGUCCUGGGCGUCUUUGCUCUGGAAGACUACACACACAUGACAACAGGUCGAGGUUUAUUGAUGUGGGGGUUCUUCAUUUCAUGUGUCCUCAGCGUGAGCUAUUUGGUGACAAUGACAUAUCCUGGCAAACCGAGUACGCCUAUGGAAUUUCAAGGUGGUCUGGACAAAGAACUGGGAGGUGCAGGGGCUGUUAGGGCUUUCCAGGCUGGUGAUGAAAUUGAAGAUGUGUAAACGUUGCCAUCGAGCUUGUACAUAUUCCACGGAUUAAGACAAACAAAGCAUACAUCCACCAACCGUGCACAUCAAAAGCUUGCAUCUCAUGUUUCGUUACAUGGGUACAGUCGCUGGAGUUUAUGC